AUGGCUUUCUCCAUGGAUGUGAUGGUUGCUAAGCUGAAUAAUUACAUUGGUUUCACUGGUAUUAUGGGCAUACUGUUUGCCUUUGCGUUUGGUUUCGCCUUGUUUUUGUUCGAGUACAUUCAUUUGUUCCGGAAGAACAAGAGUUCUUCUUCCGGUAUUCAUAAGCCGGAAACGGAGGAGCGCAUCGUCGAUAAUUCUCCGGCCGCCGGGGAGUUCCAUCAAGACAGGAGUACUGAUGGAAGUCCCGAAGUCAUUAUUGUCGGCGCCGGUGUUGCUGGUGCUGCACUGGCUUGCUGUCUUGGCAAGGACGGCCGGCGUGUGCUCGUAAUCGAAAGGGAUUUAUCUGAGCAGGACAGAAUCGUAGGUGAAUUACUUCAGCCAGGAGGUUAUCUUAAGCUAAUGGAACUUGGCCUUGAAGAUUGUGUAGAAGGGAUUGAUGCGCAGCGAGUUUUCGGUUAUGGUCUCUUUAAAGAUGAAAAGAGAACCAAAGUGGCAUACCCAUUGGAAAACUUGCCACCAAAUGUUUCAGGAAGAAGUUUUCACAAUGGAAGAUUCAUACAAAAGAUGCGAGUUAAGGCAGCAAAAACACCCAAUGUGAGGCUGGAACAAGGAACUGUGACAUCUUUGAUUGAAGAGAAUGGAACAGUCAAAGGCGUGAAUUAUAAGACUAAAGAAGGGAAAGUAAUCAUGGCUUAUGCUCCUCUUACAAUUGUUUGUGAUGGUUCUUGUUCUAACCUAAGAAGAUCUCUCAUCAGCCCAAAGGUGGAUAUUCCGUCUUCAUUUGUUGCGUUGAUCCUCAAGAACUGCAAACUUCCGUUCCCGAAUCAUGGACAUGUUAUCUUGGCCAACCCUUCACCUAUUCUUAUGUACCCAAUCAGUAGCACUGAAACUAGGUGCCUAGUUGAUAUUCCCGGAGGUCAGAAAGUCCCUUCAAUCGCUAACGGCGAAAUGGCGAAUUAUCUGAAGACGGUUGUGCUUCCACAAAUUCCUGCUGAGCUUCACCAGGAUUUCAUUUCCGGGAUUGAGGAUGGAAACAUUAAAGUUGCCACGAACAGAAGCAUGCCGGCUACCCCUUGUUCCACCCCGGGCGCGAUUGUACUUGGGGAUGCAUUCAACAUGAGGCAUCCUUUAACAGGCGGAGGAAUGACUGUUGCAUUUUCGGAUAUUGUUGUUCUUCGCAAGCUCUUAAGGCCUCUUGACAACUUCAAUGAUGCAGUUGCACUCAAUGAAUAUCUCGAGGUCUUCUACUCGCUGCGAAAACCUGUAGCUUCCACUAUCAACACAUUGGCUGGUGCACUCUACAAGGUUUUCAGCGCAUCGGAAGAUCAAGCGAGAACAGAGUUGCGCCAAGCGUGUUUUGAUUACCUGAGCCUUGGAGGCAUUUUUUCAACCGGUCCAGUGUCUCUGCUCUCAGGCCUUAACCCAAAGCCAAUGACUCUGGUGAUGCAUUUCUUUGCUGUGGCUAUCUAUGGUGUCGGCCGCCUUUUGAUUCCGUUCCCUUCGCUACAACGCACAUUUCUUGGAGCAAGAUUGAUAUGGGAUGCAUCAAGUAUAAUUUUCCCAAUUGUAAAGGCUGAAGGAAUCAAACAGAUGGUGUUCCCUGUUUCCAUUGACAGCAUACUCUAA